AUGGAUCCUUCCUCCUAUCUCCACCACCACAAGCACCACCACGCCAAUCUCCCCAGGUACCUUCCUUUCUCUCCUCCUCUUCACCCUCCCCCUCAGCCCCCACCUCCCUAUCAACAAAGCCCUAGCAAUCCCUACCCCUCCCGCCACCAGCUUUCGCCGCAACUCCGGCCGCCUCCUCCUCCUCCUCCACCGCAACAAAACCAACAGCAACCCUACCAACCUCUCCUUGCCCCGCAACCUCUUGUGCAGCGACAGCAGUAUUCUGAUCAUCCGCCUUACAACCCUCAUCAUCCUCAAUACAAUUCCAACCCCAAUUUCAAAUCUAACCCUAAACCUACCCAUAUUUCACACCAAUUCCACGAUGUUCCUCAACGGCGUGCGCCGGAUUUCGAUACCCGCCCUGAUUACUGGCCUGAAAAUCGGGUUUCAAGGACCCGUUCCGUUUCUAGUCUGGAUCGGGAGGCCCAAUAUCAUCAGUUUGAUCGGAGACCCGCUUCUCCGGGGAUUGUUAGGUUCAUGCAUGAUUUAGAGGGGACUUCUAGGUUUAGAGAUUUCGAUCUGAAUCAGAGAGAAAGAGAGGACCCUGGUAGGGUUCAUAAUGAUAGGUGGAUAUCUGAUAGAUCUUCUAGGGAUUUUGGGGUUGUUUCGAUUGGAUUUGAUUCCAAUUCGAAUAAUUCAAGAUUUGACCACGAAUUUGCUGGAAACAUGAGACGAGGUUCACGUUUACGUGAACAGUUGAUUGAGAGUGGAAAUAAUGAGAUAAACGAAAGAGAUGAGAUGAGGGUUUUUCCGAGAAAAAAUGAUUAUUAUGAUUCAAAAGCAGAGAUGUAUAGUGAUAAGGGAAGUGGUAGAGAGGGUAACCAUGAAUUAAAUCGCACUCCACGGAAGCAAAUUCAGAAAAAGAGUGUUUUACUUAGGAUUAAGAAGGCGAAACCAAGUCAUAGGAUUAGGGAAGAUGAGAGAUCACAUUACUCGGGUUAUCAUAAUGAGGGGAAAACUGGUACUUCUAGAGGAAAAGAUUUGGACUUACAUUCGGAUCAUGGGAUGGAUGAAGAAAAGAGAGAAGGUACCCCUGUAGAGCUUGAUGUAUCUUUCAAAUCAAAUUCCUUGGUGGCUAAGGCAAUUGUGACUUCUAGUCCUGCACUGAAAUCUGAUUCAAAUUUGAUGCCUAGGAACACCAAAAUUUGGAAAGUUAUGACAUUUGAUAAGGGUGGUAUGAGUUUUCAACCCAAUAAGGGUAGAGAGGGUGGUGAAAAAUUAGGAGGUUCCAGUUCUGCUGUAAAUGGUGUUUCUGGGGGCAUGGACACUAAACAGUCUGAGGGGAAAAUGAAAUCUUCCGGUACUAGUAAAGCUCAGGAUGGCAUUAGAAAGCCUUUCUUGAAAGGAACCAAAGUUCCCCUUAGAAAGUGCAAUGCCAAAAAGUCUUCUAAGGUUGCCGGAACUGCAGAUGCCCCAAAUUCUGACAAUAAACGAGGACCAUUAGGGGGGGAAGGUACAAUUCCUUGUAUUGGUGGUAUGCAAGACGGCUGUGAGCAAACUCGUUCUAGUGGGGUCAAGAUUGCAGUUGGAGAGAAUAAAGUUGAAGGGACUGUUAAGACCACUGUUUCAUAUAAAACCGGUGCUACUGUUGGUAAAUCAUCCUCCCUCAAAGUUAACAAGAAGAAAAUAAUUGUGAGGAAAGUGGUGAAAAAGGUUUUCAAUUCUCCCUUGAAUUUGGGAAAUUUAGAAUCAGCAAAGAAUGUUGAUCAAUUUGUUAAGACAGGUAUCUCUACUCGAUGUCUAUCUGCUAACUCAGUGGCUGAGAAAAGUGUUACACCUCUUAAAAUGAAAGAUGUUUCUGCUUCUGGAGAGCCAGUACAUGGUGUUGAUUCAGAGUCUAAACCUGAAGAAUCUGCUCUGAUUCUUGAGAAUGAGAAAGUGAAUGGAGCAUCAAAAGGUACUGUCUCAAAGGAUUUUUGCACUAAUGCUGAUCCUGGUAGUUCUGCUUCAUCUAAGAAUAAGAGAAAGAGAAACAGCUCCACUCAUGGUUUGGGUUCUUCAAUUAAUGAAGAAACUAAUGUUGCUCAGGGUUCUACUAAUGCUGCUGGUAAGUCUUUCCUUGGCCUGCAUAUCAUUUCAAAUAUGAAGGAGGAUCAUACUGAAAAACCAAAUGAGACUAUUAAGUCUGGCACUCCUGGUGUUGAAGAUCUUAAUAAACAGUUUUACCAUAAUGAAAGUAACAUUAACUGUGAUUUAUCAAGAUCAGAGGACAUCAAAGCUCACGAGGGUACAGGUUUUGACUGUGGUUCAUCUAGCCCCGAGGAUAAAAAUAUUAAUUGUGAUAUUGGCAAUGCCAGUUCUGGUAACAGGCAGGUUUUUACAUCUCCUUCCAGUCCAUUAGUUGAGGAUGGUGCUAAUGGGGAAUUGCCAGAAGCUAAUUGUUCAGUAGGAAGUGACAAGGUGCCCCAUCUGCCAUGUGUAGAGGAAACCCAAAUUAGCAGUGGUUCCAUCUAUGGAGAUUGCUCCAAUCAUGAGAGGAGUACAAAUGGUGCUCCUGAUAUUGUUUGUGUUAAUUUAGGGGGGAGUAACCAUGAGAUAGGCCACGAUUUUGUCCAAUCACUUGGGGUUUCUGGCCCAGGAAUCCCAGAUGCUGUGGGAUCAGUAGAAUGCAGUAAUAAAGGUGUAAUUAACAUCCAGAAGCGAAAAGCUGGGAUUGGUGAACUAGAUUUGUCCAGCUCAGUACUUACAAACAUAUCUGCAGGAUCUCCAGAUGUUCUUACCUCUGCAAAUUGCGUUGACAGUACCAUAUGUACAUCUGAGAUAGAUUUCAAUCCUGCUGAACCUAUGGUUAGUGUUAUUGGGUGGCCUGAUGUUGAGAUCGGUGGUAGUGUUGAUGGAAAUGCUCCUGAGAAGAAAAAGAGAAAAAUCUCUACCUCCAAUUCUGGUUUGACAUCACCCCUAAUCAGCCAGAGUACUGCAGUUUCUGAUAUCUUCAAAUCUGCUGUACAAGUACGUUCCAACUUCAAUGAUGGUCUAUUGCAACUGGAACCUGAAGUUAAAGUAUCUAGUACAAAUGACCUGCAUGUGCAGGGGAUUGAUUUAUUGCAUGCAAACAGUUCAGUAGGUGGACCUUCGGAAGUUGUUGGCUCUUUUAGUGAUGCCUGCAGGGGAGAUCUCCCAAGGAUUGAUCCUUGUUCAGCUUUUGUUGAGUCAGCUGCUCCAAGCUCCUCAUACCUUCAUACUUUGAAUUUGGGAGGUGAGCAGUUUUCAAUUGGAACACCAGUUUUUGCUAUAAGUAGCCAUCAAAUUGAUGCUAUGGUUAUUGAAGACGGUGACAGGGAUGAAGUGCUUGUUGAUGCUGCAGAAGAGCAAAGUAUCAUUUCUAGUGUGGUUACACCAUGCAGAAUUAUUCCAGAACAUAACACUCUCAGCUUGGAUAACGUGGUACCUAGCAUGGAUGUGGAUGAUGAUAAUCAUCUUCCUCUGAAGGAUGAUUUACCUUCUACCUUAAACUCUUUGAUUUCUGGAGUUGACGUUAAUGAAUGCGGGUUCUCUUGGAAAUCUAGUUUUAAGCCCAUCAACUUGCAAAGGGCAUCUCUUCCAGAAAUCAGAAGAAAGACUUGUGACAAUGUAACAUUUUCAGAUGAUAAGCCUGUGAUUGAAGGAGUAUGCAACUCAUCUACCCAUUUGUCAGAUUCACAGCUUAGCAAAGCUAUUUUGAAGUCAAAUGAUGUGAUUCUAACCAAUCAAUCAAGUGCUGGGAAGGCAGGGUUUUUGCCAUCACAUGAACCCGAGAACACUAUUUCUCUCAAUCUCCAUAGUGGUGAAACACAGGGGAGGAAAACCCAGCUAAGUCUUGUUGGUCCCAAGAGUUAUCCUACUCGGUCACCAUUUGUUUCUUCCGCUUCCAAGAAUGCAACAUCUUUGACCAGUAUCACAAAGCCCCGGACAUGGCACCGAUCUGAUAAUUCUUCUGCCUAUCCUCUAUUGGGGAACAAACCUUCCUUAAGUGCCAAUCCUAUGCAAAGGCAGAUGCCGACUUACAUUCGUAAAGGUAAUAGUCUUGUUAGAAAACCUAUAUCAGUCCCUGGUCCUCCACAGUGUCCUACUUCUUUGAGUUCUUCAGUUUACCGACUAAAGUCUGGGAUAGUGGAUGAAUUGAAGAAGGGUACGGGACCGAACAAUAGAGCUGAUGCUGUUGACUUGAGAACAACAGGUGCAAAUACCACUUCUGAGAGGCACACAACACCCUCCUUAUCUGGUGUCACCAAAGUACCAAAGCAUGCUUAUAACUUAUCUGGGGAGUGUACAUCUUCCCCAUUAACAGAGCCUUCUACUAGUGAUUGCUAUGAAACUACAAGUCAUCCAAGUUCUACGGAAAUUAAUGAUAUGCUCAAAUCCCCAGAGGAUGAACUGAAAACUUCUGAAACUCUAAACAGAAAUGGUUCAGUUAACAAUUUGGAAAACUGCUAUGAGCAAAAUGAAAGUGACUUGGUUCCUUCAAAUGAAAAGUGGGUGACAUACGUAAAGCCAAAAUCAAAUCAAUUGGUUGCAACUUUAGAUUGUGAUCAUAUCUCUAUUCUUGAUGUUGAUAAGAACCAAUCCUUUUCUGCUUCUUCUGAUGGUUAUUACAAGAAAAGAAAAAACCAGCUAAUUAGGACUAUCCUUGAGAGUCAUACGAAGCAGGCAGUUACUAUGUCCGACGACAUCUCCAACUCAGUGAGACAAAUAGCCGCUAAGGUUAUUUCCUGUAGAAGUUUUGGUAAGAGACGAUCCAGUAAAGUUGUCGCAAAGACCCAAAAACCGACCAAAUUGUCUCUGGUCUGGACCCUGAACGGUGCAAGGGUUUCAAAUAAUGAUGGGAAUUCACUAUGUUACCCGAAGUUCCGCCCGCAACUGUUUCCCUGGAAAAGAAUGGCACACAAGAGAAGCUUUAAGUUAAGCUCAGUUUCUUCAUACAAUAGCUCUUUAUCUACAAUCGGACGGAAAAUGCUGCUAUUGAGAACGAGAAAUACUGUUUAUACCAGGUCAACUAAUGGAUUUUCUAUUCGCAAAUCAAAGGUGUUAAGCGUUGGUGGUUCUAGUUUGAAAUGGUCAAAAUCUAUUGAAAAGAAUUCAAGGAAAGCUAAUGAGGAAGCUACGCUAGCAGUUGCUGAAGCAGACAGAAAGAAAAGAGAACAAAAUGGCACAGUUUCCAGGACAGGCAAAACGGGUCCCUCUUGCCAUAAGGUUCUUAAUGGUACAGAAGUUCGGCGAGGAGAACGAAUAUUCCGCAUUGGCUCAGUGCGCUACAAAAUGGAUUCUUCGAGGUGUUCCCUUCAGAGGAUAUCAGAUGAUGCAUCGUCAUGCUUUGGUAGUCAGCAAUCAGAAAACAGUGUCAAAAAAUCUUAUGUCCCGAGGAGAUUAGUGAUUGGGAAUGACGAGUAUGUUCGAAUUGGCAAUGGCAACCAGCUCGUUAGAGAUCCAAAAAAGCGCACACGUGUUUUGGCAAGUGAGAAAGUUCGGUGGAGUCUGCACACUGCCAGGUUACGAUUGGUUAAAAAGCGAAAGUACUGUCAAUUUUUCACAAGAUUUGGAAAAUGCAACAAAGAUGAUGGAAAGUGUCCCUAUAUUCAUGAUCCCUCCAAAAUUUCUGUAUGCACAAGAUUUCUCAAUGGUCUAUGUUCGAACACAAGCUGUAAAUUGACUCAUAAGGUUAUUCCAGAACGAAUGCCGGAUUGUUCAUAUUUUCUGCAAGGUCUAUGCACUAAUGAAAAUUGUCCUUAUAGACAUGUUCAUGUGAAUCCAAAUGCUUCUACGUGCGAAGGAUUUCUUAGGGGCUAUUGUGCUGAUGGCAACGAGUGUCGGAAGAAGCAUAGCUAUGUCUGUCCAAAUUUUGAAGCAACGGGGUCCUGCCCUCUGGGAUCUAAAUGCAAGCUUCACCACCCCAAAAACCGAAGCAAGGCCAAGAAAAACAAAAGGUCAAUGGAAAAUAAGAUUGCUCGUGGGCGUUACUUUGGUAUCGACAUUUCAAAACCAAAAAGAAUGGUUUCGGAAAGACUGCAACAGGUACUAGAGGAUGUCAUUUGCUUUGGUGGGAAAUUCUCAGAUUACAUUGACCUUGAUGCUAGCGAUGAUGAAGCUGGGGAACUUCAUCAAGUGAUUUUUGAUCAAACAACCUUUGGUGACAAUGAUUCGUCAGAUUUACAAUCAGAAGAUCUCGAGGAUUUGAUCAAACCCAUUCGUAUUAUGAAGGAUCAUAAGAUGACAGAAUCACAUCUGGCUAGUGAAUCCACGAAGUGUUGAAUAUAACGGAGGAACUGAAUAUGUUGUAUAUAGGGAGAGCAAUUUGUGUAUUUUAGCUUAGUUUAACAUCCAUCUAUAGACUUUCUUUCUCUUUUGUUUUAAGAUUUCCAUUUUUACAGCUUAUACAUACAUUGCCUUGUGUACUUUGCCUAUUAUCCAUAAUAAGAUUUUUAACAUACA